AUGGCAUCACAAGUUGGUCGUGUGAUUCACGAUCAGAAUCUUAAUGCUCAAUCUAAUGGUGCUUCUGUUGUGGGAAAGGCUGAUGCAGUUGAAACACAAAGGAAAGGGGGCCUUGGUGGAAGGAAACCGCUUGGUGAUUUAUCCAAUUCUGGGAAGCCUGCACUCAAUCAGGUAUCGAAAAAGCAGCAUUCCAAGAAUUUUGCCACAGGAGCUUCUAUUGUGGGAAAGGGUGAUGUUUUAAAAACACAAAUGAGAGGGCUUGGUGGAAGGAAACCCCUUGGUGACAUAUCGAAUUCGGGGAAGCCUGUUCUCUCCCAGGCAUCAAAAAAGCAGCCUUCCAAGAAUUUCCCUGUCGUUGAGGAAGUGACCAGCCUUCCUAAAAUAGUUCAUGACGCAAGCACUAGGAAAGGUGUUUUUAAAGCCUCAGAGAAAGUGCAGGCUUGUAGCAGGAAUACGCUAUCUUACAUUUCAAACUCAGUGAAACCAAAUCUGCAGAAGAACCACAGCAUGAAACUAAAUGUUAUGGCAGAAGAACCCCUUUGUCCUAGUGCUAUUGCAGAGGAAGGGUUCUAA